UAUGGAGUUCGUUUACAACAUUAAAAUACUAACUUUAUAAGGCGUUAGUAGAAAUCAGAUAUUUAGUGAGUGCUAACAUGGGGCUAACUUAAAUAUUAAAGAUUUUAAAAUUUUAUACUCCCUGAACGCAGUAAAUAUCGGACUAACUAAUCAGAGUAGCCAACAUACAGACAAUAAUCAAUCAAGUCAGGUGACGAUCCCUUGUGACAUUUCUCAAUUUAUCAAAAAUAAAUUCUGAAAAAGAUUAGAAAACAUGGCUUUGCAAGCAGCAGUAAAAGGAAAACUAAUCAGCGUCAUUGGCGAUGAGGAUACAUGCGUCGGCUUUCUUCUUGGUGGCAUUGGUGAAAUCAACAAAAAUCGACACCCGAAUUUUAUGGUCGUUGACAAAAACACAGCUGUAAGUGAAAUUGAGGAGUGUUUCAAGAGAUUUGUCAAGAGAGAUGACAUCGACAUCAUUCUCAUCAACCAGAACAUUGCUGAGAUGAUCCGACAUGUUAUUGAUGCUCACACGGCCCCUGUACCUUCAGUGCUCGAGAUCCCAUCUAAAGAUCACCCUUAUGAUGCUAGCAAGGAUUCCAUUUUACGUCGUGCAAAGGGCAUGUUCAACCCAGAUGACCUGUCAAUGUUUGGAUCUGAUAACUACAAUACAUAAUGCUUGUGAUGAAUAUGAAAAUGUAUAUAAUGAUAGUUGGUUAUUAUUUGUAAUUAUAUUCUCUUUAAAAGAUUUAUCCAACUGUUGUUAAUUUAGAUAAUAAAUAAAGCAGCUUAAAAUGU